UUGUAUGUCUUUUUUCGUAAAAUAUCAUUUACCUUAUUCUGUGUUGUGGUAUGAACUACAGAUUGGUGACAAUGUUCAAUAUCAAACGUUUAGUACAGUUUGCUUUUAAAAAUAAUAAAAAAAUAAUAAUACGUAAAUAUACUCCAAAUUUGAAGCUUAAAUCUGACCAAAUUUGUAAUAAGCUUAUGUUAAGAAAUAGCAAAGAUGGAAGUAUCAUAAGGUUGCGUAUCGAAGACUUAUCUCAAGAUAUAUUCGAGGAAUUUUUGGAUUUCACUAUGAAUUACUUUGUAAAGGAAGAGAUAACUCACAAAAUUGCAGGUAUUAUUAAAGAUCCAGAAGCUAUGAAGGAGUACAGAGAAAUUUCAACAGAAAUAUUCAAGUCUCCAUCGAUUAUUACAAAACUUUAUAUAAUUGAUGACGAAACUAAUUGUAAUGGAAAAAUAGUUGGUGCCUCUAUGACCAAAUUAAUUACAUCAGUAGAAGAUACAGAUGAUGAUAUAAUAGCAAAAACAGAAGCAAUGAAAAGAUAUGUCCAUAUUCUGACCACUUUCAACAAAAUGUAUGGUAUCGCAGAUGUUAUGAGGACUUACAAUGUAAACUGUUAUUUGGAAGAUUUAGGGAUGAUAGUUCAUCCUGAAUAUAGAUCAAUUGGAAUUGCUCUCUUUGAAGAGGAAGCUAGACUACUGAUUUGCAAGCAACUCAAUAUACCCCUGGCAGGUGCUUGGUGUACUUCUCGAAAAUCACAGAAGAUAGGUAAAGAAAGACAUUGGAUCACCGCCUUUGAAACGCCUUAUAAAAAAAUAGAAUCUCUUCUUGGAAUUAGCUUCGAUGGUAUUGACAUCCCACCUACAUGCAAAUAUAUGGUUUAUAAAAUAGAAUAAAUUAAAUAAAAAAAAUAUUUUUUUUAUAAAUAAUUUUAUACAAAUAAAAAAAGAAUGCCAAUGAACUCGACUGUCAACUUGAACAGUAUAAAUUUCGGAUUUGAAAAAGAGUUUUCGAGUUUGUUACUUGAAAAUCAUUUUGUAUACAUAUAUUAAUUUUCUUGUAGUUUCGUAAUUACAAAAUUAUAUAAAUGUAUAACACAAUAAAACAAUAAUAAUAUUUGAAUGCAAAAUAGCCUCAAUUGGGAAAAUUUUUUAGAAUUAUAAUUAAGACAGUUACAAGGAUCAAGAGAAAAAACCAUUAGUGUCAAAUUAAAAGAAAAACUCAUCUCAGACAACGACAUUUUUUCCACAAACUAUAGCUAUUUUCGGGCAUAUUUUAACUUUACCAGGAACAGGCUCAAGCAAGUAUAUCGUUUCAUUAAAAAAUAAAUGUUUAUAUCAUGGAUAAUGAAUCUGAAUUCUUUGCAAAACGUUCUUUUAAAUAUUUAUGGGAUUAUAUUUUUCGUUAAAACGUCAAGUCUAAUAAUGUUUUAAUGACAAUGUUAUUAAGAGAACGUUUCUUAUCUUGUUUUAAUAAAAAACUAGAGCGCUUGUUGUAAGAUUGUAAGAUUACACACAAGGAUUCGUAAGGCUUGUAAGGCCAAUUGGAAUGUUUAUUAGUUUUAUAAUAAAUGUUAGUAUUUUAUUUGUAAUGUUAAUUUAUAAUUUAUAAUCAAAGUGAUUGAUACAAGAUUAGUUUUGUUUCAAUAAAUUCCUAUAAGGAAUAUUUUUGCUUGUAAGUUCGACUGAAAAACUAAAAUUAUAAAAGAUUUAUUAGCUCUAAUAAUAAUAGUUUUGCUUGUGUUAUUUUUUUAAUAAAAUAUUAGUAUUUUCAUACCUACAUUCAAGGGAUUUAGUAACACAAAUAUUUGUCGAUAAUCCUAGGUUAGUGUCUUCUUUAAUUAAUAAUCAUAAUAGUAUUAAGUUUAGUAUUAUAAUUACAAUGUACCUUCAUAAUAAAAGUUACUGUUACUUGA